CUUUGAUAUCCGCGGAAUCAACAGCUCCAAUUAGCCGAGCCAUACACUCUGGGUUUGCGUUUAAACGCGUCGUCCUCUGGCUGCCAGUCGCUGCAGGAUUUCUAUGGAGUUUUCGGAGCGCCUCUCUGCAGCUGUGAGGAUGUUGCUGUGCCUGCUUCUCUUCCUGCCUGCCCACUCCACGGCUCAGCGAUCAGAGCCCAUGUUCGCUGCGAUAACCAAGACGGCUCUCCGUCCGGACUAUGAAAACAACCCCAGCCAGCUCAACUAUGGUAUGGCUGUCACUGACGUUGAUGGGGACGGAGACCUGGAGAUAUUUGUAGCUGGAUACAAUGGUCCGAACCUGGUGCUGAAGUACGACAAACAGAGGAAAGGACUCAUCAACAUCGCCAUUGAUGACCAGAAUUCCCCAUUCUAUGCCCUGAGGGACCGUCAAGGCAAUGCCAUUGGAGUGACAGCAUGUGACAUUGAUGGAGAUGGACGGGAAGAGAUUUAUGUCCUUAACACCAACAACGCUUUCUCUGGUCGGGCAACAUAUUCCGACAAGCUGUUCAAAUUUCGCAAUGGUCGCUUUGAGGACCUACUGAAUGACGAUAUAAAUGAACACCGAGAUGUGGCCAACCCCAUGGCUGGGCGCUCUGUGGCCUGUGUGGACAGAAAGGGUACAGGGCGCUAUGCCAUCUACAUUGCCAACUAUGCCAGUGGAAAUGUAGGCCCUCACGCUCUGAUAGAGAUGGACGAGGCAGCCAGUGACCUUUCACAGGGAGUUGUUGCCCUCUCCAAUGUUGCAGAACAAGCUGGAGUUAACAAACUUAUUGGGGGAAGAGGUGUCGUUGUUGGGCCAAUUGUUAGUCAAACUCUAUCGGAUAUCUUCUGUGACAAUGAGUAUGGAUCCAACUUCCUGUUUAGGAAUAAUGGUGACGGGACUUUUACUGAUGUUGCACAGCAGGCUGGAGUGGAGGACCCUAUGCAGCAUGGCAGAGGGGUGGCGUUGGCAGACUUCAACCGUGAUGGCAGGACUGACAUUGUCUAUGGGAACUGGAAUGGACCUCAUCGCUUGUACAUACAGCUGAAUAACCGCAAACAAAAAUUUAAGGACAUUGCCUCCCAGAAGUUUUCCAUGCCAUCUCCGGUUCGGACUGUUAUCGCUGCAGACUUUGAUAAUGACAAUGAGUUGGAGGUCUUCUUUAAUAACAUCGCCUACAGAGAACCUUCAGCCAACAGACUUUUUAGGGUGAGCAGGAGAGAACACGGUGACCCCCAGAUAGAAGAAUUGAACAUUGGGGAGGCUGCAGAACCUGAUGGACGUGGAACUGGAGCCAUUGCCACGGACUUUGAUGGGGAUGGCCGUCUGGAACUGGUGGUGUCUCAUGGUGAGAGUGCAGCACAGCCACUUUCUGUCUAUAAAGUCAACCAGGGCCUAACUAACUCAUGGCUCCGGGUCAUUCCCCGGACCAAGUUUGGAGCUUUUGCCAGAGGAGCUAAAGUGGUUGUCUACACAAAGAAAAGCGGCCCACACACACGGAUUAUUGAUGGCGGUUCGGGAUACCUUUGUGAGAUGGAACCUGUCGCCCACUUUGGCCUUGGUAGGGAUGUUGCCACAAAUGUUGAAGUGUACUGGCCAGAUGGACGCUCAAUAGCACGUCCUCUGGAGCCUUCAGAAAUCAACUCAGUGCUGGAGAUCCCGUACCCAAGAGAUGAAGAGGAGGUUACUCCUACUGUGGAAAUAGAGUGUGGUCACGGGUUUGCUCUAAAUGAGUACGGCCGCUGCACAGAUAAAGAUGAAUGCACCCAGUUCCCCUCUGUGUGCCCCUCUGACCGCCCCGUCUGCACUAAUACCUUUGGCAGCUAUAAAUGCCGUGCCAAGAAGAGAUGCAACCAGGGCUUUGAGCCCAAUGACGACGGGUCAGCCUGUGUGGCCCAGGUGGCUUACUUUGGAAGGACAAGCUCUUCUGGGGAAUGCAAUGCUUUCCAUAUGCUCACUCUCACUCUGCUACUUCUAAUCUCCGCUCAUCUGCAGAUAGAACUGCUGUAGCUUUGCUCUUUCCUCCUUUUUUGCUGCUGAAAGGAGAUGUACAGAAACUGUGUGCAAACUUUUCACUGAAAAAUAUCCUCUUCUUCUCUUUGAAGCCCUGGUUUCUUUUCUUCAUCGGUUGCUGUAUAUAGAGCUUUGCAUCAUGUCACCACUGCUGUAUUUUACCCUGUGUCUCCAAGCCUCCUGCAGGAGCUUUCCUGUGAACUGCAGAUUUUAGAACUGUCACCUGUGAAACCCUAGUUUUAUUUUCUGGCAUUAAAAAUGUGACCUGAACCGAGUCCAUAAAGGAAGGUUUAGCUUAGUUCCAGAUCAUACGGAGCAUAUGUUCUUUAGAGAUGUGCUGACAUCCUAUCUUUUUUUUUUUGUCAUACCAGGACUAAAAUCCUCACAUAUUAUUGCUAAAAUCUUAGUUUUGUGUUGAAUGAAAAUCUUAUGUGCAAAAAGCUUUAGGAUGUGUAUAUAUUUAUGUUUGUGUGGGCGAUGUGUGCCUGAUUCAGCACAGUCCAAGGAAGUGUUCAGGUGCAGAAACAUACGCCGGACCAUCUGUCCCAGAUGGCAGGGCACAUUUGUUUUUUUUUGUUUUUUUAUUAUUUUUAACAAGUAAAUGGUACAUAAAAAUCCAGAGAAAUAUGAAAUCAAGGCUGUAAGCUACUGAGAACACAUGUAAGAUGCCACCUUACAUUUUAGAAGCUUUAGCAGCAAGAGUAUUACUAGAAUUUUUAAACAACUAGCAUCAACAUGUUAAUCAUGGUAAGAUCUCCCAUUGGAUUAUUAAAUGUGAAAAUAAAUAUUUUAAGGGAUGUUGCUUUUCCUUUCUGUUAUUACGUAUUAUCAGACAAAGUGCAAGUUUUCAUUAUUCCUUUUUGUUUUGUGCCCCUACUGUAAAUCAUUUAUUGGAAUAAAACUUCAUUUUUUUUACUAGAAAAAGAGGGAGUUAUUAUACAAGUAAAAUUCUUUAUCAUUAUGAAAAUAUGUAUAACCGCAAAAGUCUUGGAAUCAUAUUUUCUCAAUUAAAAAAACAAAACUUUUACUUUAGCUGAAAAAAUAUGUCCAAAAAUAGCACUUAUGAAGUUGCUGACAACAUCUUGACUGAUAGCUUGAGACUUCCUUAUUAUCUCUUUUUAUUUUUGCAGGAAGCAUGAGUUCAUGCAUGCACUUUAAGGUAAAAAAAAUAUAUAUUUCUACCUGAAAUUCGAUCCCCCUGUCAUUUUUAAGGUACUAUUUGCAAGUAUUCCUCAUGCUGUUGUAGUUGGAAAACCUCUUUACUGUCAAGUUCAGUUUAAGACGACCCCAAAUGUCCAGGUUGAUACUUAAGCUUGAUCUUUAUGUAGCUUUUUAAAUGAAUAAAAAUGGUACCAUUGUGCAUUUUUCUGUAAGGAGACUAAACUGAACUUUUUUCCACAGAUGAAAUUAUUAUUCCACCAGCUUGUCAUUUUUAAAGAAGCUUAACCAAAAGUAAUCAGCUGCGCCCAUCAUAGUGUUACAGUAGGUCUUAACAUGUAAUCAUAUCAGCUAACUUCUUUAUUUAGUCUAGCUGAGAUUUUUUUCCUGAAAAAAACUCACAAGGCAGCACCUUUUGAAAAACCAAUAAACUUAAUUUAAUAAUAAUGCAAUAAAAAUCACUUACUGUGGAUCUUUGUUCGAUCCAUUUUCACAUUGGUGGUUUUCUCUCUGUGGUUGCCAAAGAGUCUGUGGAUACUUUAUGAGGGUUCAGAAGACCAUGUCUACUUAAGUCAAAUAUUUUAAUGUUUUCACUGAAAUAUUUCUUGGACACUGUACUGGAGGUUGCUGCUAAAAUGAAACUUUAGAGUCGGGAAAGAAGGAAACUUUUUUUUCCUUUGUUUUUUUUCACUCCGGAUGGACUCACCACUUUCCUAACCAUUAAAUGUGAAUUUUAAACUUCCAUUUAACAAGAUGGCACAGCCAAAUGUUUUGGAUGAACACAGCUAAAUAUGUUCCAACUUUACUGCUUAAAACCAUGAUACCUAAUGUGGUGUUUUGAUUCCAAUCUACUAAUUUACCUUUUGAAUGUUUUGAAAUUGUUUGCUUGUUGAGACUUAGCUGAAGCUGACAAAUGCAACAGAUGUAAUAAUGCUGAAAAUGACACUAUCCUAAUUGUAAUAUGUUGUCAUGUAAAACAUAAUUAAAUGUGUACAGGAUUUCUGUGUCCGAUGAGACUGAGCACAAAUAGAACAAAACCAAUAAAUGUAAACAUUUUUCAACAAAUAUGCAUACAG